AUGAGGGUCUUGGCCUGCCUCCUUGCAGUACUGGUGGGGAUCCAGGCUGUUGAGCAGCUACGCCUGGCUGAUGGCCCCCACGGCUGUGCCGGCCGCCUGGAAGUCUGGUACAGUGGGCGCUGGGGCACCGUGUGUGAUGACGGAUGGGACCUUCGGGAUGCUGCAGUGGCCUGCCGGGAACUGGGCUGUGGUGGGGCGCUGGCUGCCCCUGGCGGUGCCUUCUUUGGGGAGGGUGCAGGGCCUGUGUGGCUCAGUGAGCUGGCCUGCCGGGGCAGCGAGGGGCAGCUGGGCCUCUGCCCCCACAGGGGCUGGAAGGCCCACAUCUGCUCUCACGAAGAGGAUGCAGGUGUCGUCUGUGCAGGUCAGCGCGUGGCUAACUCUAGGGAUGAGUCAACACUCUCCCUGGAGGGAGAUCCAUGGCUGGGGCUGUCUGGGGAGCUGAGCCCCAGCUCUGAGAAGCCCCCAGUGACUCAUGCCCCCCGCCCUGCAGGGAACCCCCAGAAUGGCCCACGAAAGAAGAGCCCUCGGCCACCCAAGCAGGCCAAGUCUACCAGGGCUUCUUUGCUGAUGACUGGAGCCCCCCGCCAAGAGCGGCUGCGCCUGGUCUCAGGCCCCCAUGGCUGCGCUGGCCGCCUGGAGGUCUGGCAUGGUGGGCGCUGGGGCACUGUGUGUGACGAUGGAUGGGACCUUCGGGAUGCCACGGUGGCCUGCCGGGAGCUGGGCUGCGGGGGGGCACUGGCUGCCCCUGGGGGAGCCAGAUUUGGGCCUGGUUCAGGGCCAGUGUGGAUGGAUGAUGUGGGGUGUGGAGGAGGAGAACAGGCCCUCCGGGACUGUCCCCGAAGCCCCUGGGGCCGGAGCAACUGUGACCACAGUGAGGACGCCGGGCUGGUCUGCACUGGCCCUGCACCCAGGCUUCGCCUAGCCGAUGGCCCUCAUGGUUGUGCCGGCCGUUUGGAAGUCUGGCACGGUGGGCGCUGGGGGUCGGUGUGUGAUGAUGCCUGGGACCUUCGUGAUGCUGCCGUGGCCUGCAGAGAGCUGGGCUGUGGGGGGGCUCUGGCUGCCCCAGGGGGCGCCUUCUUUGGGGAGGGGGCCGGCCCCAUCAUCUUGGAUGAUCUUCGGUGCCGGGGAAAUGAGACAGCCUUGCGAUUUUGCCCAGCGAGGCCCUGGGGCCAGCAUGACUGUCACCAUCGGGAGGAUGCUGGGGCUGUGUGUGAUGGCAUGCCCCUUGGCUAUGUGCCCCCCACGGCCCCUGCGUUGGACAGCAACAGCUCAGCACCCAGGGAGGCAGCACCCAGGCCCCCAUCUACCACGGUGGUCCAGACCCCAGGCUCAGCAGGCAGCUGGCCUCCUCCAGCCUCUCCUACUGCCCCUCUGGAGCCUGGGCCAGAAGCUGGGUCCCCUCAGCUGCGCCUGGUGGCUGGGCCCAGCAGGUGCUCAGGCCGGCUGGAGGUGUGGCAUGAUGGGCGCUGGGGAACAGUGUGUGAUGACAGCUGGGACAUGCGAGAUUCAGCUGUGGUCUGCCGGGAGCUGGGCUGUGGGGGACCUCGGCAGCCAGACCCUGUGGCAGGCCGCUUUGGCUGGGGGGCAGGCCCCAUCUGGCUGGAUGACAUGGGCUGUGUGGGGACAGAGGCUUCGCUGGUCGACUGCCCUGCCUCUGCAUGGGGGAAGCACAACUGUGCUCACAAUGAGGAUGUCGGGGUCACCUGCACUGAGACUCCUGGCCUGGACACCAUCUCAGACCCCUUCAGUUGGAGCUGGCUCCCUGGGCUGGGUCAAGAUCAGGACGCCUGGCUUCCACGAGAGCUGGUCACCAAGACCUCUGUUAGUCUGUCCCCUGGUGAGCUGCAGAAAACAACCACAAAGGCCCCAGGGAAAAUGCCCAAAAGUACCAAGAAGUGGGUGACUAAAACUGCCAAGAGACUGACCACCCAGCCUCCCAGGAUGCCAACCACGAAACGCUCCAGGGACCUGGGCACCACAAGCCCCCCAGAACAAACCUCACCUACCACCAUAUCCCGGACCGCCGAGGCCUCCCCAGGUCGAACUUCUGAGUCACCCAAAAGACUGAAGACUGAAGCUCCCCGCAGACGGACCUCUCAUACCACUGCCAAGCCAACCCUCCAGACUUCCUGGGAAUGGACCUCAAAGACCAUAGCAACACUGUCUACUCAAGACCCCCAAGAAACGACCUCUGAGGUGUCCACAAAGCAAAUCUCCCAGGCCUCCCUAGAGCCACCUGCUGAAAUUCCAGAAAAAUCUCCAGAGUCAUCCACAGACCCAGCCUCCUCACACACAUCUGGGGUGCCAGGCCCUUUCUGGCUCCGUCUGGCUGAUGGGCCCAACAGGUGUGCCGGCCGAUUAGAAGUGUGGCACGAUGGACUCUGGGGGACAGUCUGUGACGACAGCUGGGACCUGAGGGAUGCUGCCGUAGCCUGCUGGGAACUGGGCUGUGGAAAUGUCCGGCCCCGAGUGGGCAAAACCCACUAUGGGCCUGGGACUGGGCCCAUCUGGUUAGACGACAUGGGUUGUAAAGGCAGUGAAACAUCCCUGAGCGACUGCCCCUCGGGGGCGUGGGGGAAGCACAACUGUGACCAUGAGGAAGACGUGGGGCUCACCUGCACUGGUUACACAGAUAAUGACGAUUAUCCCCCCUGGAUCUGGGACCCCACUUCAGGAGAGGACCUGGGCAUAGGGAGCACCACGCCAAGGCCUGGAUGCACUCUUUCCUGGGGCACCACCCAGCGCCCAGGAGGCCCAUUCCCAGCAGCACGUCACUUUCUACACACAGGUGACCAGGAUGGUUCCCAGCCUCUCUGGACACAGGACACACCUUCAGGAAGUAGUUUGGCCAAGGGGACCCCCACCACAACCAAACCUGGACCCAUUCUCACCAGUGGCACCACCAGGAGACCAGGUCAUCUCACUCCAGCUCCAAGGGCUCAUGGGAACACAGGUUCCCCGAGGAAGCCAUGGCCAGGGCACAGGCUGCUGCGGCCCACAGCAGGCAGGAUAACCCCCACAUCAUCCUCAACUCCUUCCUCCUCAUUGGGGCCCUCGGGUCCACAGUUGACCUCUGACUCCUGGCUACAGCUCAUCUUUGACUCGACUUCAAAGCAGAGUGUGACCACAGACCCUCCUGACACUUCUCCACCCACUCCAAGCCUGCCCUCCUUGACUAGCCCUGACCUUGCUUUGUCCACCCCUGAUUCCACUGUAGCUCCAGCUCUGGCCCCAGAGCGUUCCUCCACCCCAUCAUUCUCCUUGCCUGAAAAGCUAACCUCUGAUCCCUCUGCACCAUCAGAGGUGACCAGCCUUUUCCCUACCUCAGAACUGACCCCGGAACCUGACACAACCCCAGACUUGGACGUAACUCCAAGCCCCAAUACAGUCCCAGAGGCUUCUGGAUCCCCAGACCUCUCCACAAGCCCUACUCCCACUACCUUCACACACCCCACCAUGACCCCGUACUCAACCACAAUCCCUCAUCCCACCACAAUCCCUGACCCCACCAUAAUCCGUUACUCUACCACCACUACCCCUCACCCCACUACCACUCACCCUACCACAAUCCCUGACCCCACCAUGACCCCUCAACCUCCCACCACCCCUCACCCCACCAUGACCCCUCAACUCACCACUACCCCUCACCCCACCAUGACCCCUCAACCUCCCACCACCCCUCACCCCACCAUGAUCCCUGGCCCCCCCUCAGCCCACAUCAUCACUACCAAGUCCCUUUCAACCUCCCUGGGGACAGAACUUCCCUCUGCCACUCCACCACCAAGGGUCAAGUCCAGACUGCACCCUCAGUUGACCUCCAUGGAGUCCCCUCCUUCUUCCACGUCCCAGAUGCUGAACCUAGAGCCCUCUGCAGCCUCAGAGUCCAGCCCCUCCAGGCCUUCUCCAGCUCCAAGCAUGCCAUCCAUUGAGGACUUCAAACUACCCAGAAGCCAGAGCCCUGAAUUAAGCUAUCCACCUACCCAUACCCCACACUCAACCUCUGACCCCAGUGUCACCCCUGACUUUCACCUGUCCUCUGUAGCCCACCCCUUGGAUCAACCUCCCCCUGACCAGCUCACUGUAGAGCCAACACUUAGUCAGAGUCCAGGCCCCCUUGGCCCAUGUGUGUCCCCAACACCUCCUGUAAGGGUCAUGGCUUGUGAGCCACCUGCCUUGGUAGAAUUGGUGGCUGCUGUGAGGGAGGUGGGUGGACAGCUUCAGAGGCUGACCAAGGUCCUAGAACAGGACCGACAAGAGCGUCAAGCCCUGGGGCUGGGCAUGGUCCAGUUGGUAGAGGCUGCCCAGGGUCUGGGGCAGCUGGGAGAGACUGUAAAGAGACUGGCAGAGGUGACCUGGCCCCCCAGCACGCCAGCACCCACCACAACUACCCCUGAGGAGGAGGAGAGACCUCUGAGGGGGGAUGUGUGACCCACUUCAAGACUGGGGACUUGAGGUACUCUCAAACAAAGAAAAACCAAAGUAUCUAAUUAAAAGAAAGGUGUGGGUGUAAGGUACGCUCAAAGAAAAAUCAAAAUCAUUAAAAACAAGGCGUGAGUGAUGUUUCUGGGGGCCUAGGUG